UGUGAAGUGUGUGGCAAGGCCUGGCAGAAGCCGUGCCUGCUGGAGACCCACCGGCGGGUGCACACGGGUGAACGCCCUUUCGACUGCUCGGAGUGCGGCAAGAGCUUCACCCGCAACGCUAGCCUGCUGCGGCACAACCGCGUGCACUCCGGCGAGAGGCCCUUCACCUGCUCCGACUGUGGCAAGAGUUUCAAGACGGCGAAUGACCUGAAGAUCCACCGGUGGGUGCACACUGGCGAGAAGCUCUAUGGCUGCUCCACCUGCGGCAAGAGCUUUACCCGGUUGUAUGGGCUGCAGGAGCACCGGCGGGUGCACAGCGGUGAGCGGCCCUUCACCUGCUCCGACUGCGGAAAAGACUUCAAGUCGUCGCCAGACCUGAAGCAGCACAGGCGCCUGCACACCGGCGAGUGGCCCUUCACCUGCAGUGACUGCGGCAAGGGCUUCACCCAGUCCAGAAACCUGUGGGUGCAUCAGCGCACCCACACCGGUGAGCGUCCCUACACCUGCACCCAGUGUGGUAAGGGCUUCACCCACUCCACCAGUCUGCUGUCCCACCAGCGCACCCACACCGGGGAGCGGCCCUACACCUGCAGCGACUGCGGCAAGGGCUUCACCCGCUCCGACAGCCUGCAGUACCACCAACGCACCCACACCGGCGAGCGUCCCUACACCUGCACCCAGUGCGGCAAAUGCUUCACCCAAUCCAGUCACCUGCUGAUGCACCAGCGCAUCCACACCGGCGAGCGUCCCUAUACUUGCGCCCAGUGCGGCAAAGGCUUCACCCGCUCCACCCAACUGCUGAACCACCAGCGCACCCACACCGGUGAGCGCCCCUACAUCUGUGCCCAGUGCGGCAAGGGCUUCACCCAGUCCUGUCACCUGCUGAUGCACCAGCGCACCCACUCCGGCGAGCGCCCCUACACCUGCGCCCAGUGUGGCAAGGGCUUCACCCAAUCCUAUCAGCUGCUGAUGCACCAGCGCAUCCAUACCGGCGAGCGCCCCUACACCUGUGCCCAGUGCGGCAAGGGCUUCACCAGCUCCACCAAGCUGCUGUCCCACCAGCGGGUGCACGCCGGCGACCAUCCCGUCCCCAGCCCGGUGUGUGGAGAACGCUUUGCCAUGGCUUCCCACGACAUGUCACAUCAGCGCGUGCACACCAGUGGCCAGCCCUACGACUGCCCGUACUGCGGUGAGGCGUUUGAGAGCUCGCGGGGGUUGCGGCAACACCGGCGGACCCACGCCGGCGAGUAGCUGCUGCCACUGUGACGAGAGCAAGGGGGCUGCGGGAACAUCAGCGGAUACACACCGGAGAGGGAGCCUUUGUGUGCGCUGAGUAUGGCAAGGGUUUCAUCCGCAUGUCCAGUCUGUAGCAGCACCGGCUGAGCUGGGGACGGGAGCAUCCCUUCCCCUACCCGUUCUGUGGUAUGGGCUUCAUCCGCCUUGACCACCUGCUGGAGCACCGGCGAGUCCACACCGGCCAGCGCCCCUUCACCUGCCCGCUCUGUGGCAAGGGCUUUGACCGCUCCUCCAGCCUGCUGAUACACCGCCACUUGGAUAGGCGCUGGAAGGAAUUGGUAACGUUUCGGGUCGUUUCUUCAGUCACCCAUUCCUUCUCUCCAGAGAUGCUGCCUGUCCCGCUGAGUUAUUCCAGCUCUUUGUGUCCUAUUUUAUAAACCAGCAUC